GUCCUGGACACAGUCACUGGAGCUAUGAAGACCAGGAGCAUUGGGGUGUGGACUACCCAGACUGCACAGGCACCAUGCAGUCACCUGUCAACAUUGACACGGCCAAGACCAUCUUCAGCCCCCAGCUACGACCGAUCCAGCUCUCUGGCUACAGCCUGCCUGCCAACGAGAAGCUCAAGCUGAGGAACAAUGGGCACACAGUUCUCCUCGAGCUGCCCGACAUCACUGGCGGCUAUGCCAAGCAGCACCGAGCUGUGCAGCUGCACCUGCACUGGGGCUCCCCGUCGGGACCUGGCUCGGAGCACACCAUCAACGGGCGCCGCUUUGCUGCAGAGCUCCACGUGGUCCACUACAACACCAAGUAUGACAGCUUUAAGGAGGCAAUGGUCCACCCAGAUGGACUGGCCGUACUGGGAGCCUUCCUGGAGGUUGGGCCAAGGGAGAACCCAUACUAUGAGCAAAUACUUGAGCAUCUGUACAAAAUCCAAAGAGAAGGUGAGGAAGUCUUGGUACCCGGAUUCAACAUUGCAGGUCUGCUGCCUGCCAACCUGAAACUCUACUUCCACUACAAUGGCUCUCUGACCACCCCUCCCUGCUACCAAACGGUGAAGUGGACGGUCUUCAACCAGACCAUGCAGCUUUCUUAUGACCAGAUGUCAAUGCUGGUGAUGAGCCUGAGAAAUGAUGACAGCAAACGUCUGCAGAACAAUUACAGGCCAGUGCAGGACCUGAAUGGGCGACGGGUGCUGGCGAGUUUCCAGACCACUCUCUUUUCAACGAAGGUGCUGCCUCCUGGUGGUGAUGGCUCAGCAGCAGCAGAAGGACACUCCAGCUCUUCGUUUCACGCAGGGGAUGUACUAGCUGUGCUCUUCGGGGUGCUCUUUGCCAUUACGGCACUGGCCUUCCUUCUGUACAUCUACAAACACCGCAACCAGAACACACGGCUGGACUCUUUUUCCAAGUUUAUCUACACAGCAGCAACCACUGAGAACACCGCGUGA